AUGGCAAAUCUAGGCUCACUUCUAUUUUGCCUCCUAGUCCUAGCUAGCUCUCUGUAUCAGAGAGAGCUUGCCACAGCAAAACUCAUUUCCUCUUCAUUUAACCGUAGUAGUUUCCCACCUGGUUUUGCCUUUGGAGCAUCCUCAUCUGCCUACCAGUAUGAAGGUGCAGCAAAUGAAGAUGGGAAAGGCCCAAGUAUAUUCGACACCUUCACCCACAAAUAUCCAGAUUUGCAAUCUCGAGUCAAGCUUAAACAAGUAACAAUCCACUAG